AUGACUUCUCAAAAAAAUCAUAAAUUAUGCAUGGUUCCUGGUCCUGUGGAAUUCCAUGAAGAUGUAUUGUCAUCAAUGUCCACACUUGCAAUUUCUCAUGUUUCUCCUUCAUUUAUUCCUGUAUUUGGUGAAAGCAUUGAACUUUUGCGUAAAUUAUUUUUUACAAAUAAAGGUCAACCUUUUGUCAUUUCAGGUUCAGGAACUCUUGGGUGGGAUAUGGUUUCUUCAAAUUUAAUAGAACCAGGCGAGGAUGUAUUGGUCUUAAACUCUGGUUACUUUGGUGAUUCGUUUACUGUUUGUCUCGAGACAUAUGGCGCCAAAGUUACGCAAGUCAAAGCUGAAAUUGGUGAUAGUCCCUCUUUAGAAGCAAUUAAGGAAGCACUCUCUACAAAAAAAUUCAAAGCUAUUACUAUUACUCAUGUAGAUACAUCUACUGGUGUACUUUCUGAUGUAAAAGCAAUAUCUGCUUUGGUUAAACAAAUUUCUCCUGAAACAUUGGUUAUUGUUGAUGGUGUAUGUUCCGUUGGUUCUGAAGAAAUUCGUGUGGAUGAGUGGGGUAUUGAUAUUGUUUUGACCGCAAGCCAAAAAGCUAUUGGCGUUCCUCCAGGAUUAUGUAUUUUGAUUGCAAGCGAAAGAGCUAUUGUAAUCAUGAACGCUUAUGAAAACAGGAAAGCAAUGUAUUUUGCUACACCACCAGUUCAAUUAAUAUAUGCACUACACACAAGUCUUAAACAAAUUACUUCAAUUCCGCUUGAGAAACGUUUCCAACAACAUAAAGAUGUCAGCAAUCAUAUCAAAAAUUCUCUUGAGGAGUUGGGAUUGAAAUUUGUUCCGAAAACAAGAGAAAUAUCUGCUAAUGGAAUGACUGCCGUUUACUACCCAGAUGGCAUCAAAGCGACUGAUCUUCUUCCUAAAGUAGCCGAACAUGGUGUCGUAAUUGCUGGUGGAUUACAUAAAAUAAUUGGUCCCAAAUACUUUAGGGUUGGCCACAUGGGUAUUAGUGUAACCGAACCUCACAGACAACAUAUAGAAAAGACAAUUGAAGCUCUUAGAGUAAAUUUAAAAGAAUUGGGCUAUAAAGGUGCAAAUUAG